AUGUCGAUUUCAGUACUUCGCGCAAAGCACCAACAAGACAUGGAAAAUUUGACUCUGACUUCACAACCUUUCAAGACAUUAAAACUUUUCAUUUUGGCUGUUAGACAGUAUCUUAAACGAUCGAUUGCAUAUCUUUUAUCACAUUUCGGUUUACUGGUGGUGUUGAGUGCUGCUGUUGUGAUCCCCAGCGUACUACUAGUGACUGUUGAUGGUCCACAUGAGAAGCAUGUUGAUGAAGUUUUACGUUAUGUGCGAUUUGGACUGUGGUGGGUGGCCCUUGGUGUUGCGUCAUCCAUUGGACUUGGAUCUGGAUUGCACACUUUUGUACUCUAUCUGGGACCUCACAUUGCUCUGUUCACUAUAAAAGCCAUACAAUGUGGCCGAGUAGACAUCAAGAGUGCCCCGUAUGACACGAUACAAUUGAAAAGUGGUCCUUCAUGGCUUGGAAAAGAUUGUGCCGAUGUUGGGCCCCCGUUGUAUCCAUCUACGCAUGGCGUAAGGAUUCCCCUGAGUACCAUAUUGCCCCAGGUUCAGUUAGAGGCAAUUUUGUGGGGCCUUGGUACUGCACUGGGUGAGCUCCCUCCAUACUUCAUUUCGAGAGCAGCUCGCAUGUCCGGUGGUACAGUAGAUGCUGUGGAGGAAUUAGGUUCCUCAACAACGGAAGACGACGGUUUUGUGUCUGCUCAACUUGUUAAAUUCAAGCGCUGGUUCUUGUCCCAUGCACAAUACCUAAAUUUCUUCACGAUUCUAAUUCUUGCUUCGGUACCAAAUCCUUUAUUCGACCUAGCAGGAAUAAUGUGCGGGCAAUUUGGAAUUCCUUUCUGGGAGUUUUUCCUUGCUACCAUGAUCGGCAAAGCAAUUGUCAAGACUCACAUACAGACGCUGUUUAUUAUCUCCGUGUGCAACAACCAACUUCUUCACUGGCUGGAAAAUGAAUUCCUAUGGGUGCUUAGCUUUAUGCCGGGUUUUAGUUCAAUCUUGCCAGACCUUAUUUCCAAGCUUCACUUGAUGAAGGAGAAGUACUUGGCCACCAAGCCUCAUAAUCCUUCGGAUGUCGAGGUUAAAAAAUGGGAUUUCUCGCUCGCUUUUGUUUGGAACACUGUCGUUUGGAUCAUGCUGCUCAACUUUUUCGUCAAGAUCGUGAAUGCAACCGCGCAACGGUACCUAAAGAAACAGCAAGAUAAGGAAAUAGCCGCUUUGAAGAACAAGUCGUCCACGCACUCGGAAUAA